AUGGCUCAAGGUCUCUCUUUUCCGUCCCCAACUAAAGCUUUUCACCACAAAGCGCAACCGUCUACACUCCCUAGUCGUCCCGAGCUAUCUGCCAAAGGCAAAUCUGUGCUAGUCACAGGAGGAGGCACUGGCAUUGGUGGAGAGACAGCUCGCUACUUUGCUGAAGCGGGUGCCUCGAAAAUCGCUCUGCUUGGCCGCCGGGAGCAACCACUCCUCGACAACAAAGCGUUCAUCGAGAAGAACUUUUCCAAUGUCGAAGUCAUUACGGUAUCCACAGACAUCACCAAAAAGAGCGACGUGGAUGCGGCAUUCUCCCAGUUCGCCGGCAGCGGGAAGAUCGACGUCCUUGUCCAUGGUGCAGCUGUAAUUGGACCCAAAGAGGGCGUUGCAGAAGCAGACGGUGACACUUACCUCGAGGCAAUUCAAGACAAUAUUGCCGGUGCGCUCUGGGUUGCGCAGGCAUUCCUCCGACACGCGACUCCGGAUGCAGUCGCCAUCAUCAUCAACUCGUGGGCCGCGCAUUGGAGUGUCAACGAUGUAUUCUCUUCGUACUGUGUCGCAAAGUUGGCUGUUUAUCGGCUCUGGGAUACCAUCACCAUUAACAACCCAAAUUUGAGCAUCUUUCAUACGCAGCCGGGCGUGGUACUUACUGAGAUGAACCUGCGCGCGGGAGGCGCCGCGAGCUUUGAGGGCAUUCAGACUGACGAUGUGUCUCUUCCGGCCGGCUUCAACCUUUGGCUUGCAAGUCCCGAAGCUCGAUUUCUGAGGGGCAAGUUUGUGUGGUGCAAUUGGGACGUGGAAGAACUCAAGGCCCAAGCCAAGGAAAUUGAGGAGGGAACAAAGUUUAACAUUGGGAUGAUGGGAUGGCCAUUUGAGUACGUUAGUUAG